UAAAGUUUGUAGGAGCCAGACUGAACACAGCCGCUGUGAUAGUGUGGAUUCAUGUAAAUUAUCUGUAAUCCUGUUUCCAUAGAAGAAACGCCUUCUUUUUAGACACAUCUGCCGUUAAAGUUAGUCGAUAGAAAUGGGCCGCGGGGACAAAGUGUUCUGCGUUCUUUGUCAGAGGUCCGAAGAGACGGAGAUAACCGGAGCUUUAUCGACUAAACAAGAAGUCACUGCUCAUCAGAACUGUUUGUUAUAUUCCUCUGGUAUUUAUUGCCGGGAUUCUCCAGAGUUUGACGAUCUGUUUGGUUUCUCUGUGGAUGAUGUGCUGGAUGAGGUCAGACGAGGAAGAUUACUGGUGUGUAAGAAAUGUAAGAAAAAGGGUGCCACUGCUGGGUGUGAAGUCAAACGCUGCAAGAAGUCCUAUCACUACCCCUGUGCUGUUCAAGAUGGAGCUAAGAUUAUUGAGAAUGCAAACAAAGGGAACUAUGGGCUAUACUGCUUGAAACACCGUCAGGAAAAUCAAAACAACGGUUCUGUAAAGUCCCGAACUUCCAAAAAUGCCAAUGAAGCUGGAUCAUCUAAGGUAUACUGCCUUGCCUGUGAGAAGACUGAGGGAAAUAUCAGAUUGGAAAGUUUGUCUAAUAGCAUCAUUAUGUUAUAUUGUGACAAACAUGCUCCUCCUUCGCAAAAGAGGAACACUACAGAUGAUUCCACAGCAGCCGGACCGUCUGCGUACAGCAGUGACUCCAACUCAUCCAGCAGUGUGUCGUGUUUGUCUAAGAGACGGUUGAGUUUCAAUGACAAACAGGAAGGGAUCCCCUCUAAGCGGAAAUCUAAAGGCUGCAAAAGGAUAUUAUCAGAAGAUUCUUCAAAUUCAGAUGAGAAUGAACUUUAUACAGAAAUGGCAAUGUUCGCCCCUUUAGAGUCUGAUUUAGACGAAACUGCAAACUCUGUUACAGAGUCUCAGUUGAUCAGAAAAGACAGUAAGAGUCCCACUGCGUCCACCUCAGUAACUCAACUGGAGGUUGCGAGCAGAGAUGAUGAAGAUGAAACUAUGAUAGAUUCAGAUGCUGAGUCAGAGAGUCUGCUGCUACCUGUGGAGAUGUGCAUAGAGUCUGGAUUGUCACUUGCUGAGACAAGUGCUGCAGACAUAGCCGUAACAACUGUAGAUCCCGGUGCGAUGUCAAAGAAGGCAGUAGAGGUGGUAGACAGAGAAAAUAAAGGGUCCAGUCCUGAGCACAGUUCUGGUCAACACACUGCUGGGCCCUCUGUCCCUCAGCAAAGCACCUCUGGGCCCUCUGUCCCUCAGCAAAGCACCUCUGGGCCCUCUGUCCCUCAGCAAAGCUUCUCUGGGCCCUCUGUCCCUCAGCAAAGCACCUCUGGGCCCUCUGUCCCUCAGCAAAGCAUCUCUGGGCCCUCUGUCCCACAGCAAAGGUCCGCUGGGCCCCCUCUCUCUCCUGACCACUCCAAACCCUGCAGUGGUACUGGCUUACCCCAGUGCACCACCAUGGCCAUUUCCCCACCUUCACCUGAAACCAUAUGUGUAUCCCUCCUCUCUUCCUCUCCUUCUCCCUCUCCUACGGUACGUCGCUCAGACCCAGAGUCUAGUGUAGACUCCACCGGCUUCUGGAAAAGCUGCAAUGCAGCAGGAUGUACACAGGCCAUCUUCACUGAUUUCAUUAAUGAGAUGAACCAUAUCUCCAGCAGAAUUCAGUCAGACCAGGCCAGCCAGGAGGAUUAUGAUCUUGCGCUAAAAGUAAUGUUGGCUUCUGGGAAACUGGCAGAUCUUGUGACCAAACAGCAGAAAGAGUUACAAAGGAAACAAAUGGAGCUGCAAAAGGCAGCAGCUGCUAUGAAGGACGUCGUGUCAGCACUGAGGAGAUGAGUCCAUCAGCAGCUGCUGUAAGCAUAUGGAUAUCAGUGUUUAUGGUUAACUUUUUAUUCUUUUUUAUCUUUGAUUCUCACUGUUUUGUAUUUCAAAUUACUCACACUGACAUUUAUAUAACAGUAUAUUUAUAUAUUUUUACUGAUUAUGCCUUAAUAUGUAAGAGGGCUGGAUGUGGAAAUACAACAUGGCAUUGAUAAUUCUAAAGCAUUUAAAGAUUUAAAAUGUCUGAUUCUUACAAUAUAUUUUAUAAAUGUAGGAGUUUGUAAGUGGUGCUGUUCCAGUCGGAAAAGAUGUCCCAUAGGAAUAUGUCAUUACGAAAUAUAUUUUCAUUUUAAAAA